AUGGCCAUCCUAAAAUCCUCUCUCCACCAUAUCACCAUACCAACCCUCAACCUCCACGAGCACAUCUCACUCCUCUCUCAAUUUAACCAACCCCCCCCCCCCCCAUAUCCUCAACAUCCGUCUCCCACAAAUCCCACCUCACCUGCCGCAACCUCCCCUCCAUCUCCCCAAUAUCAUCCACCUCGCUACCUCCCUUCACAGGCUACACCUCCCCGUAUUUCGCCUCAUAACAUCCAGCGCAGCAACGCUCGCAUCGUCGAGCUGUUUUUCCUUACUACUUCCACAACUUCCACAACUUCUACAACUCCCCCCUCUAUCCCCGCCAAAACAUUAAUUCCUAGCAUCUCCACCAUCGUCAAUGAUUAA